AUCGGUCAUUAUAACUUUACACCGCGCAUCUGUCGAACGAAAGUGAACAUACUCGUACACACAUAGUAGUGGACAUAAAGAGCGCGUCGGACCGUGCUUCCUAAACUAGAUAUGUAUCGGUGUGCGAAUUAAUCUAACUCCUGAACAGUCGACAGCUUCUGUCGCGAGCCUCAGCCGACUCCACAUCAGUAGCAGUGUCUACCAGAUGGCAAUCGAUAGCUUUCUACAUCCAAGAAAGUGUAGCGAACAUUGAUGGACAUAUUUUAUCAGCGUCGGGUAGUUAGUGUAAGGAGUGUGGAUCUACGGGCCGGUCGUCUCAUCUUGUGUGUCUAGUGUACGGGCUGUUUGGUGGGAGCGGCGGUUUCAGGUGAUGGCACCAGUCCGUCCCUGACCACGACCAACAAUAUGCAUAUCCUGGAAGUUGGCGCAGAACAAUUGGAGGACGACGGGGCGCCGCGCGCGGUGCCGCAGGAUGCAGUCUUCCGCACCGUGCCCAAAGACCAUACCAUCUUCCUCGUUUGGAGAGUAACGGAAUCGUGUACGGAGCUUUUGCCACGGUCACACUAUGGGACUUUCUAUGACGCUGAUGCUUACUUGGUGUAUUCUUGUUCUCUUCCCGGCCAACCAGCCGGCCCGGAUGUUAUACGUCGCGAAAUAAAAGAAAACGGUAAUGGAGAGUACGCAGAGCGUCACGUGCACGCGUGGACCGGCGAGCGCGGCGGCGCGCUGGGCGCGCUGGCGCUGCGGCGCGCCACGCAGCUGCUCGCGCAUGUGGGCGCGCCGAUCGUGCUGCACCGCGAAACUGCCACCAAGGAAUCACCGCGAAUGCUCUCGUACUUCCGCGAUGGCAUCAGAAUCCUCCGCAGCGGAGUAAUGAACGGCGGUCCUCGUCUGUACCGCGUACGCGGACACAGGCCAGUGGUGCUGCAGUUGGAGCCGGUGUCGUGGCCACAACUCUCUUCCGAUGGCGUAUUCGUGCUGGACACCUCCAACUUAAUUGUGCUGUGGCUUGGACGAGCUGCUAAUUUGAUCGAGAAGAUAUUUGGAGCCAAGAUUGCUUACCGUAUGGCACGAGGCCCAGAGAAGGGCAUGAUGGUGCGUCGGAUUGCCAUCGCGCAUGACGGCUAUGAACAAACUUUACCAACAACAGAUCGCGAACUCCUCAACAAUCUAUUGGAACUGCGUUCCCGCUCUAUACGUCCACCGCAGUCAAUCUCAGAGUUACCAAGGCCCGCUCGUCUCUACAAAGUAACGCAGCCGCCGAGACUCUCACCUAUCACGGUGCCGUCGCAAAAACCUGCGGCACGCCUGGAAGAAAUCAAACGUGCUCCUCUAUACAGAGAAGAUUUGCGCGAAGACAGUGUAUAUAUCGUCGAUGGAGGAUCUCGAGGGAUUUGGGCAUGGGUGGGAUUCUCCGCGCCGGCUGUGGAAGCCCGCGGGGCGUUGGCGGCCGCGAGAGGACUGGCUCGCGCUAAGAAACUGUCCGGGCCAGUAGCAACAAUGGCUUCAGGCCGGGAGCCGUUGGAGUUCGCGGCGCUGUUCCACCUCUGGAGCUGGGCAGAUUCACGUCGUGACGUCAGAGUCCGCGCCGCCAGAUCCGCAACAACUAAGCUGGACGCUGUUAGCCUCGCAUCUAACGCGUGGCUGGCUGCUGAAGCUCAAGUUCCGGACGACGGGUCGGGGUCGCUGCGCAUGUGGCGCGUGCGCGGCGAGGCGGAGGGCGGCGCGCUGCAGGAGCUGGAGCGGCCGCAGACCGCCGCCUUCUACGACCAGGACUGCUACCUGGCGCUCUACACCUACCACACGCCCACCGGCGACCAGACCAUACUUUACUAUUGGAUGGGUGGCUCUUCGCCAAAUGAUCUGAGGAAUUUGGGUGCAAAAGAAGCCAAAGAUCUCUACAUAAAGUUAGGGCGUCUUCCCAUCCAGGCGUGGGUGUACCAAGGCAAGGAACCGGCGCAUUUCCUACAGAUCUUCAAAGGUCGAAUGAUCACAUACAUUGGCAGUGCAACUGAUUACGAUCCGAGCGGACGGCGCGUGGUGCCGCCGCCGCGCGCGCUCAUCCGCGUGUCGGGGCAGUACGCGCGAGAGGCGCGCGGCACGGAGGCGGGGCGCGGCGGCGGCGCGGCGCGCGGCGCGUGCUUCGUGCUGCGCGAGGGCGCGCGCGUGUGGGUGUGGUGCGCGGCCUCCGCCACCGGCGACGAGCGCGAGGUCGCCAAGAACAUGGCCGCCGCUGAUCACACUCUCGUCAUGCAAGGUAAAGAAAAGCAUGAUUUCUGGAACGCAUUGGGCGAACGACGGCCGUUGUUGGUGGCGUCACCGCUGAAGGAAGUGGAACGACCGCUGCCUCCGCGCCUGUUCUACGUAUCGCUUGGUGCGGCUGGACAAUACUCAUUCGAGGAGAUAAUCUCAUUUAGCCAGUACGACCUGGCGCCGGAGAUGGCAGCCAUCUUGGACGCGCACGCGGCAGUGUUCGUGUGGCUCGGCGCGCACUGCGGCCCGCGCGCGCGGGACGACGCACGCGCCGUCGCACUGUCCUACCUCGCCUAUGACCCAGCAGCACGAGACUCCGAAACGCCGAUAUUAGUUAUAAGCCAAGGCCGAGAACCACCUAACUUCACAGGAUUUUUCCCACACUGGAAGCCGUCUAUGUGGAAGGGUCACAAAACGUUCAGCGCAAUAGUGAGCGCGCUGGAAGGCAAGGCGAUCGUGCGCGGCAGCAACAGCGCGCUGCAGUGCGGCAACGCUGACAACAGCUUCGACCAGCACGAGAAAUACCCGCUGUCCGUGCUGCGCGGGCCCAAGGAGCACAUGCCGCACGAUGUUGACCCUCUUGCCAAAGAACUUUAUCUAACGCACGAUGACUUUGUGUCCACUUUCAACAUGGCCUACAAUGAGUUCCGGACGCUGCCCUCGUGGAAACAGAAGGAGAUAAAGAAGUCUGUUGGUCUAUUUUAGAGAUUGUUAGAAAUAUUAUGAUGGAAUUACAUUGAUUGAAUUUAAAACCUUUGGCAUUUGAACUGAUUAUCAAGUAUAAGGGUGUAUUAUAAUACAAUAGACCAAUCAGGUUAUUAUAAUUUUAUCACAUCAUCUCUCAAUAAUCUGAUUGGUCGAAAACAGGUAUUCGGUGCAAACACACCCUAAAAAACUACGUUGUAAAUAGAGCUAAUGGACUAGUUUAAUUCCGCCAGUGUUCAAUAGCAAUAAAACUUGCCAAGAUCAGGUCAAGCAAGUAACUUGCACUCCCAGCAACACUGGCAGUAAUUCAACUUCUGCAAGUUUCAGUUGCUAAAACUUUUGGAAGUAGACACUAACAUGACAUGACAUCUAAAAGUUUUAGAAGUUCUAUUGCUCGUGGACACAGCACUCUUUGAAAGUUCAACAUGAUAAAUCCAGCGCACAAAUCUUAGCGGUAGGAUUUUUUAAGGAUAAGUAAGUGUUUUCGCAAUAAUUUAUAAAGUACCUAAUGACAUUUUUAAAAGGCUUUCUAAAAUGGUGUAUCAUGAACAAUAAAUUUUUCCUGCGCGUUUGCACGUAACGUUAUUAUUCUGUAAUUGAAAUAUUUUAUAUAGACUAGAUCAUUAAAGAAGUUUGUCUAAUUACGAUAGCUUUAAAAACGAACGGUGAAUAUAUAUGUAUUGUAAUAUUCUUCAAAUAAAAUUUAUAUAUUUUUAAUAUUUUAUUUUAGUCAAAAAGUGAUUUUUAUUAAUUUAUUUAUACUUUUGUUUAUUAAUGUAACUUAUAGUCUAGAAAUAGUAUGAGAAAAAUAUGUUAAACAAAAUAAAACGAUAUAUUUUUAAAAUGUUAUUUAUUUUUCACAAAUGUAGCACUUAUGAGCUAGGCAUUAAUUUUAUGAUAAAAUUAAUAAUAUUCUAUACAAUAUACAAUUCCUUAAAAAAUCCAUAAAAUAUUGGUUUAUUUGAAAACAAUAUAUGUACAUUAUAAUAACUAUCAAUACAUAUAACAUAGUAUGUCUAGAUGAUAUGGGAGUGGGCCGUGUAGUUAAGGCACGUGGUAUAUUAGUAUUGCAACAGAUAACUAAACGACACAUUGAACGUAAGUACGCGCGCACUGCACGCCGGUGAAGCGGUAUCGUGCCUGAGUAUCCCAACCACUGACAGCGCGCUGACGGUGUACUGAAAUACACCAAUUGUUUCCAUUAGGCCAACUAUACGCCCAAAGUGCAUCACAGACGUAUUCGCAGUGCACCGCUAGCAACGCUUCAACAAAAUGUACAGGACCCAGUAGGAAAGAUUGCACAUCGAACUUCAGAAAGAGAUUUCGGCUUCGUAGAGCGUCGUCUCUAUGACUCAUACCUAUGUGACGUUUCAGUCUCAACGACAAAGACAACGCUUUACGAAACCGUUAUCUCUUUCUAAAGUUGAAUGUGUAGUCUUUCCUGUCAGAUGCUGCACUGAUAUGACACCGACAACACUCCGAAAGUGCACCAUCAUCGCGCCGACAAUGCACCCACUUAGUGCUGACGGGGCAACGACAGUUCAUCUGCUUAUCUCUACGAUACUACUCAAAUACGAGUACUACGAGCGUUCAGAAAAUAACUGAACAAAGAAUUUAUCGAUAAAAUAAGCAAUUAUUCAAUUAUACCCCACUGUAUGACAAACGGCCAAGUUAAUAUUAUAUUGUCCACGUUUCGAUAUCUGAGAAGCUAGCUAGUUAGGAACUUACAAGUUUAAAUUGAUAAAUAAAAAAGUUAUUAUUAUUAAAAGUAUUAUAAUAAAUAAUUUACAUAAUAAUGAUUUGUCACUGUUACUAUCCACACGAUGGCGUCUGCGCAGGCGACACUACGAGAGUAUUUCUUAAACCGCCACCGAGUCUGAUCCUACUUAAUAAAAAUACUCUCAAAAUGUCAUACAGCAAUAGAAACAGCGCACUAAUUAUGCAUAAUAAAAUAUUAUUAUAGAUAUUGGAUUAAUAUUAAUGACAAGCAUGAAUUAUUAACGGACUAUUAACUUUAAAAAGAUAAUAAUAUCGCAAUCGAUUUGCAAAAUAAAUUUUCCAAAAUUUCUUUGGUAAUAAACAAAAAUAACCGAAAGUGGGUAACAAAAUAAUUUGACGGUACAUGAUGGAAUGACUUUCACGAACAUUGCAUAGCUGCCCUAACAAAAUAUAAUUUAAAAAUGCAUUAAAAAAAUAAGCGUACACUACGAUUAAUUGCAAUUUAUCAAACGAUUUUAAGUACGUAACUUUGAAAUUCUUAUGUCAGGGUUCAUUGGAUAGAGAUUAUACCGAACUUAAAUCUAGAUAAUAUAAAAGCGAAAACUGGUCAAGCGACAGGUUUGAACUCGAGUCGAUAUAAAACUAACAUAAACAAAACUCAACAUAGCUUUUGUUGCAGGAAUGUUAACAGUUCAUAGAGCAAUAAUAAACAGCGCAUUAUAAUAUGUUUAACGAGAACUAGUAACAACAACGCGUCGGAGGCCUGUUUCGCUUUAGCACCACGGGUGUUACUACACACUCUAGUAUCACAGCUAGCCGACUCUGAGCCUUCUUACCAGCAUGUACCACUUCCUUUACUUCAUUUAUAUUAGGCCAGUUCAUUACCUACAAAGAAUCUAGUGAACUCAAACUGAACAGUAAGUUUUCACAAACCACUUCGUCGUCAACGGGAAGGAAAAUUGAAAUACCUUGAAAGAAACUCGAGUUGUGAGUUAUAAAAUGUACUUUCACAUCUAAUUUUGUACUUUAGUAAUCACUAUGAAGACUGCACAACAGACAACAAACAUUCAAGCAGUUCAAUUCGGUGUUACCUUUUAUAAUUCGAUAUUUUUUUAAAUCCUACAUAAUAAAUUCAGUUCAAAUUGGUGUUGCAGUACACAACCAUUUAAGCCGACAUUCUUAAUAUUACAAGAGAUUUUAACUAUCAUUUGUACAUGCGGUUUAUAUUAUUGGUGCUUAUUUAUAAGGCGAAUUACAUAACUAAAAUUAUAGACAGUUUUAGUAUGUAUUACGUCUUUUAAAUUAUCUAUCAGUGUAUGUUAACCACUAAAAUAUAAAAUAAAAAUUAUUGGUACUA